AUGCUUCAGUAUUUAUUAAUAAAACUAUUAAUCUUAACCUUUGUUUAUUUAUGUUGGGCAAGCAAUCUGCAUCGUAUUCCUCUCUAUCCAGUCUACAGUGAAACUAACCAACAUCUUGGAUAUGCGUUGAAGGUGAUAAUCGGUAUACCUGAAGAAGAAUACACAUUAAUGCAUUCAUUUUGCUUAGGUAAAAAGAGUUACGGUUUGACGGGUAAAAAAUCAUUGAAGAUACAUCAUCUUUCCAGACAUGGAAUUGUUGCAGAAGCAUGGAAAGAUACAGUUUCGUUUGAAGGGUUAAAUGGUUCUUUAACCUUUGAGAACUUUGAAUUUGCUGUAGCUGUAAAAGUUCUUUGGCCGGAUAUAGACGAUUACACUAACGUCGAUGGCUUAUUUGGAUUAUUCAGAUCAUUCACUGUUGCAAAUCCUAUGUUUACAACAAUGAUGCAAAAUAAUAUUUUGCCCAGCUUAGGAAUUGCUGCGCCACCAAUGGAAUGGAACAAAGAUGCGGUUCUAACUUUGGGUGGAUUUGAUCAAACUUUAUGCGAUACUAAUAAUCCAUUGUUGUUAGCACGACAUUCUCGAAUUCUAGCAUUUCCUUAUUCUGCUAUUUUAUUUGGCAAGACUGCAUAUCAACCACAGUUUGAACUGUGCUCUGCUUUUAUUUGUGCCAAUUCUCCAUAUAUUAGUGUAGCAUCAGCUUUCAUGGAUAGUAUUGUUCGAAAAUACAAUUUACAGUACAAUGGGCAGACAAGGAAAUAUUUAACAAAAUCGAACAAUAUGCCUCGUUUUUUGAAUAUUUAUCUACACGAAAACGAAAACAAUCGCAUGCAUGUUCUCAACAUUAAUCUGAAAUAUCUUAUCAAAGAAUAUAAUGUUAGUUGA